UCAGAUAAAUCCAUCCCAUUCUCAGGGUGUGUGAUACAAUUAUACUUUUAUGGCACAUUUGCUGCAAUUGAAUGUUACCUUCUGGCUGCCAUGGCUGUAGAUCGUUAUGUGGCCAUCUGUAACCCACUCCGUUAUCCAACAGUCAUGUCCCAGAGGGUCUGCAUCCAGCUGGUCAUUGGGUCCUAUGUUGUGAGUUCCCUGAAUGCCACCACACACACAGGAUUUCUCUUUUCACUGUCCUUCUGCAAUUCCAAUACCAUCAAUCACUUCUUUUGUGAUUUGCCCCCAAUCCUGGCCCUUUCCUGUUCUAAUAUUGAUGUCAAUGUCAAGUUGAUAAUCAUUUUGGUGGGCUUUAAUCUGUUAGGCACAUUGCUGGUAGUGUUCUUCUCCUAUGUUUACAUCUUGGCUGCCAUCUUGAGGAUGCCCUCUGCUGCAGGGAGGCACAAAGCUUUCUCUACUUGUGCCUCCCACAUGACUGCUGUCACCAUUUUCUAUGGGACCCUCUCUUACAUGUAUUUACAACCUUCUUCCAGCAAGUCACAAGAGAAUGAUAAAGUGGCUUCUGUGUUUUAUGGUAUUGUGAUACCCAUGCUCAACCCCCUGAUCUACAGUCUGAGAAACAAGGAGGUAAAGGAGGCCAUGAAAGUUCUAGUAAAAAGUUGCUUGUGA